CAACUAGAUCUAUUAAACCAAAAAUUAAAUAUGUUACAAAAUCCAAAUCCAUAUCCAAAUCCAAAUCCAUAUCCAAAGCCCAAAGAAAAGGAUUUGGUAAAAAACAAAGAAAGGAAUCAAAUAAAAGAAUUUGUUAAAACAUGGUUCAAAAAAGACCUUCCAAAUUUAAUUUCUAUAACAAAUGAAAAAAUUCCAGAUGAAUUAUUCGAAUAUUUAAAAGAUAUUUUAGAUUUUAAAAAUAAAGAUCAUUUCGAGUAUCCAUGGAGUAAACGAUCACUUAUAUCGGUUGUAAAUGAAGCAAAAAAAAAUAUUAGAUAUUUAUGGAAAACAAAAGACACUUGUUUUAAAGAAUUAUGCGCCAAAUAUCCAAAUUAUAUGUUUAAUGAACAAUUACAACUUGAAAAAGAAGUAGUUAUAGAUAUGGUUUCUAAUAAAUUAUUUUUUACAAUUACUGAUGAUCAAGUUGCCACAGAAUUUGCAAAAUGGAUUUUAAAUGGGAAACAAUCUUUUUAUUCUUAUUCAAAACCAAAUUAUUUAGAUAUAGAUAAUAAAUCUUCCAUAGAAAUUUCUAUUCCACAAAAAACAAUUGAUGAAAAAGCACCACAAUCAAAUUCACCAUUAAAAAAAUCAAAAAAAAAGUCAUUUGAUAAAAUUUGUGUUGAACUCGGUAUAAGCCCUGAAGAAAUAAAAGAAUAUAAUAAAAAACAAAAAAAUCAAAAUCUUUUUAUAUAACAAU